CCCGCACAAAAUUAUACUAUACUACUACGUACAUGCGGGCCAGUUCUCCAGCACAAAAGCUUUCUAUCACUGGAACGACGACGUAUACACAUCGACCGCAGUUCCGUACUCCCGUUGUCCAUAUUCUGAGUCUGACAUCCUCCGGCGUGUACGAAGAAGAAUACUGCCGAGAGAGAGAGGGGCCAGAGAAAGGUGCUAAAUACACAGAAGUGACAGACAAAUACACGCACUACCAAACACGCGGAAACCUACAUGUCCCUGGCUCAGAGGAUCAAACUAAAUAAGCGAAGCACUCGUUUCUGAUUUUCGCAUUGGUAAUUUUCGUUUCUAAGAAAUUUGAGAAUAAUAGCGAUUAAGCAGGAGUAGUGCUGUUCAAUUGAUGAUAAUUCCCGAAGUUCAUGAAGAGAGCGAGCAGUUGAAUUUAAUCCAUGUGAGCUUUGUGAAGCCGAAGGGCUGAUUGAUUAGUAGAGGUCCGAAAUGAGCAGCGAAAGGCAGGCGGUGCCUGUUCGGGACCUCGUCGAGGAAGCAAAGAAGAGGAUUGUUCUCCUUGUUGUUUGCGUAGUUGGACUCUCAUAUCUUAUGUCACUGACAAGCUCUUCAGUUUUAGUCAACCUGCCUGCUGCUGCCCUCUUGAUUUUCUCUCUUCGCUAUCUAUCUCUGGAUUUUGAGGCCCGAAGGAAAGCUGCAACUUACAAGGGAAAAACAUUCGCUGUAAAUACUGAUUUUCAGAAAAGAAAAGAUGAGGGUCCAAAAGUCCUUGCUAGAAAGUCUGAUUGGAGGAUGAAAGUGAGUUCUCCUACCGUGGAGAAAGCAAUAGAUAACUUCACAAGACAUAUAGUCUCAGAGUGGGUAACAGAUCUCUGGUACUCUCGAAUAACUUCUGAUAUGCAAGGUCCAGAAGAACUUGUGCAGAUCAUGAACUGUGUGCUGGGGGAAAUUUCAUGCCGCAUGAGAAAUAUCAAUCUUAUAGAUCUAUUAAUAAGGGACACUAUCAAUUGUAUAAGCACUCACUUAGAGUUGUUUCGUGUUUGUAAGGCGAGGAUAGAAAAACAACAGUCAAAAUCCCUAACUAUCGAAGAGCGUGACGUGAAGCUUAAGUCAAUGUUGGAUGCGGAGAGCAAAUUGCAUCCUGCUUUAUUUUCUCCCGAAGCUGAGCACAAGGUUCUCCAGCAUCUCAUGGAUGGCCUGAUUUCAUUUACAUUCAAACCAGAUGAUCUACAAUGCUCUUUAUUCCGUUUCAUUGUCAGGGAGCUUCUUGCUUGUGUAGUAAUGCGGCCGGUGUUAAACUUAGCUAACCCAAGAUUUAUUAAUGAGAGGAUUGAAAUUCUAGUGGCUUCUACAAAAAAGUCUGAGAAAGUUACAGCAGCGACACAAGUUCAACCCAAGUCCAGCACAAGUGGAUCUGCAAAAGUAUCAACAGAUAAUUUUUCUCCUUUUAUAGACCGCGCUGUUAACGGUGUUGAACUUGUAGAGUUGAAAAAGGACCAUUCUGAAAGUAUCACGGAGGAAAUUGCAAAUGGAGCUGACUUUUCGAAGGAUCCAUUGCUUUUGAUUGACACACGAUCAACACGAUCUUGGAAUGCUUUGCCAAUGCAAAACCAUUCCAAUGAUGGAAGACUUAUUAAACGUCAUCACUCUGGAGGUGAGUGGGGUGAUAUGCUAGAAGUGUUUUCUCGCAGAAAGACUGAAGCACUUGCCCCGGAACAUUUUGAUAACAUGUGGGCGAAAGGGAAAAACUAUAAAAGGAAAGAAGAUUGCAAGCAAUCAGAUGAUCCAACUCACCAGAGUUCGUUAGGUGCAUCUAAAGCUGUGAGCACUUCUAAGGCUGUUCUGUGGCAGAACGGAGAAGGAGAAAACACGGAUGAAGAUGAGCAUGAUGGCAUGCUGUCAGAUGAAGAUGUGUCAGGGAGCAGUUCACAUUCACCUGAAGAUGAAGAAACCAGUGUUGGUCUUCGUUCACCUGUGGUUAAAGUUUGGGACGGGAAAAAUAGAAGAAAUGUUACUCACAUUCAUCAUCCUCUUGAAAGCACGCAGAAGAAAAAGUCAAGAAGUAAGGGAAUUAAAGGACACGAUCAAUCUAAACAAUCAAGCAUUACAUCAUCUGGAUGGAAGAGGUCUAAAUUGAGUAAUGAGAGAGACCAAGUCUGGAAAGAGAUUGAAAGAACAAGCUACUUACCAGGAGAUGGACAUGAUAUACUGAACUCUUCUAAAUAUAAUUUGAAUCGUGAACACUCAAGUGAUGGUUCUGAGGCAGACACAUCUUGUAGAUUAUCUAGUGGAUCAGCUGCAACGGCCUCUUUUGCUACAAGCAAUUUGUUUGAGAAUCAUAUUUUGGAUGCAGAUAGUUCAAGAACAUCCAUCUUUGUAGAUUCUUUUAUGAAAUUAAGAUGCGAGGUCUUAAGUGGCAAUAUUGUAAAGAGUGGCACAAAAACCUUUGCUGUUUAUUCCAUAUCCGUUACAGACGCGUACAAUAAUAAUUGGUCAAUAAAAAGAAGGUUUAGUCACUUUGAAGAGCUACAUAGGCGCCUUAAGGAGUUUCCGGAAUAUAAUCUUCAUUUGCCACCCAAGCAUUUCUUCUCUACUGGCCUUGAUGUGCUAGUCGUCCAAGAAAGGUGUAAAUUGCUUGACACAUAUCUGAAGAAACUUUUACAGCUCCCAACUAUUUUCAACUCCAUUGAAGUCUGGGACUUCCUCAGUGUGGAUUCUCAGACAUACUGUUUCUCAAACUCUCUUUCAAUCAUUGAAACACUAUCAGUUUCAGUUCAUCUGGAUGAAUCAGUGCAUGAAAGGAAUAAAGAACAAAUGCAAAAUAUUAGCCCCGCAAUUGAUCCAACAUCUUCCAACAGCAGGCAUUUUAAGGCCGAAACAAAGGAUUUUAAGUCGAGGAUGAAGUCUAAUCAUGAGGUGGAUGCCUCUAGAUUGAACAAUAGAUCUGUGGCAGCGCUUUCAACAAAAGAUCUCAACAAAGAAAGCAGAAAAUAUUUUGAAGACUCAAGCAGCGAUUCUGACAAUAUAGUACAGAAAAAUAAAAUUUCUUCCUCUAAAACUGAGAAGGCAAUAAAAGUGGGUGACACUACUUCACAUACAUCGUCUGAGUCUUUUGUCAAUGCUUCGUCGGAUCCAACUCUUCCAAGUGAGUGGAUACCACCAAAUUUAAGUGCGCCAAUCUUAGACUUGGUAGACAUUGUUUUUCAGCUCCAUGACGGUGGGUGGAUCAGGAGGCAGGCUUUCUGGAUUGCAAAACAAGUGUUACAGUUGGGAAUGGGUGAUGCCUUUGAUGAUUGGUUAAUUGAAAAGAUCCAGCUUCUACGGCAGGGGUCAGUAGUUGCUGCAGGAAUCAAGCGUGUUGAACAAGCUCUCUGGCCUGAUGGUAUAUUCAUAACAAAGCAUCCAAGAAGGCAACGACCUGUCCCAACUGCAACUCCAUCCAGUAAUAAUUCAUCUCAUGGAUCCCCAAGUCCGCUACCUUCAUCUAACUUGGAGGAAAUGCAGAAAAAACUGGAUGAGGUGCAACAGGAGGAAGCUGAGAGACGGGCAAAAUUAGUGUAUGAGUUAAUGAUUGAUAAAGCACCAGCUGCUAUUGUGGGUCUUGUUGGCCGUAAAGAGUAUGAACAAUGUGCCAAGGAUCUAUAUUUUUUCGUUCAGUCAUCUGUUUGUUUGAAGCAAUUAGCUUUAGAGCUAGUUGAGCUGCUGCUAUCAUCUGCUUUUCCUGAGCUGGAUUAUGUGUUUCGAGACUUUCGAGAAGACAAGGGGAAGUUUGGAGUACUCAAAGCAGAGGAUUAACACAUCAAAAAAAAUUCUGCAAUAUCAUAGUAGAUGAUUUUUGUUUCUUUUACCCGCUGUACAGUUUCAGAAUUGUGUUUAUACCUAAAAAACCAAACGGUUACCUGCAAAUAUAUGAAGGUCCACUGAUUUGUGCAAUUUCUUGAUAUGCUUUCUUUUACUUCAGAAAUUCCAAAAGAACCAUAAUGCAUUUAUAAAUUCACGCAAAGUGCAAAUCCAUAUAAUCAUAAGAUGACCA